AUGCUAUCUCAACGGAUCCUAGCCCGGCGCCUCCCCCAAGUGGCCGCCCGCGCCAUUGCUCCCCGCGCAGCAUUCUCUCAGGCCCCAGCUCUCCGCGCUGCUGAAGUCGAGGAUCCCUUCCAGAACAACAACUACCCCAACCCUCCCCGUGUGAAGCGGGCCUUCAGAGAUCCCUACGGCGGCUGGUGGGACGCCCAGGAGAAGCGCAACUUCGGUGAACCUGUGCACGAGGACAACGAAAUCCUCGGUGUGUUCAGUCCCGAGCAAUACACUCACGUCUCCGCCGGCAAGGGCUUCUUCCACCUCGGAUGCUUCGUUGUCGCUUUCCUCGGCGUGUGCGGUGUUGUCAGCAUGUACUACCCGGACAAGCCCAGUGUUCCCAAGACCUAUGCCGACGGUCUGGAGAAGGAGCUGGGAGGGCCCAAUGCCCUGCCGGCCCGCAAGUCCGGUGAGGACAAGUGGUGA